UAGAGAGCGGGACGUUCUGCUUGCGAGCGGGAACGGCUUAGUCGUGCACGGAGAAAGAAUGAUUUAAAAAUGGGUGAUGUUGAGAAGGGCAAGAAGAUUUUUGUUCAGAAGUGUGCCCAGUGCCAUACUGUGGAAAAGGGAGGCAAGCACAAGACUGGGCCAAGUCUCCAUGGUCUGUUUGGGCGAAAGACAGGUCAGGCUGUCGGAUUCUCUUACACAGAUGCCAACAAGAACAAAGGCAUCACCUGGGGAGAGGAGACGCUGAUGGAGUAUUUGGAGAAUCCCAAGAAGUACAUCCCUGGAACAAAAAUGAUCUUCGCUGGCAUUAAGAAGAAGGGAGAAAGGGCAGACUUGAUAGCUUAUCUCAAAAAAGCUACUAAUGAGUAAUAGUUGGCCACUGCCUUAUUUAUUAUGAAACAAAUGUCUCAUGACUUUUUAUGUGUACCGUAUUUAAAUUGAUCUCAUACACUAGAAUUCAGGUCAUGAAUAGCUGAUGUAAUAUUUCUGUCCUGAUUUAAAUAAGAUUGGCUUGUGGCUAAAUGAAUAUGUCAGCUUUUUAAAUUUUGAUAGUAAUUCUGGUUCAGCAAGUACUAUCACUGUUUUCCCCUUCUAAAGAGAUGAUGAAACUUGAAUAAGGAAUGUUAAACUUUUCAGGGAUAUGGUGAAUGCCUUCUCAAACCCUAUAGGAGAUUGGUUUUAUAUUUAGAUUUCUAUAACUGGUUAUAUUAAUAUAUUUAAAUAUUGAGAAGCUCCCUUCACUGUCUCAUAGACCAGCAAGAUUCACCUGUGUUUCAAGUUGUGUUCAUUCAGCGGUUAAGGCAAGGGCUGAAGAUACACUGACAGUGUCCACUUUA